AAGAAGAAGAAGAAGGAAACGGAAGUGCUGCAAGUGCGGCUGCGCACUGAAGUAACAACGGCAGAAGCGUGAUUUGGACGUUGUGGAGCAGCAGUGUGAAGAUCUGUUAUCAUGGAUUUCCAGCACAGAGCUGGAGGGAAAACGGGCAGCGGCGGCGUCGCGUCCGCCUCCGAGAGCAACCGAGAUCGACGCGAGCGUCUGCGGCAGCUCGCCCUAGAGACCAUAGACAUCAAUAAAGAUCCGUACUUCAUGAAAAACCACUUGGGCUCAUAUGAGUGUAAACUGUGUCUCACGCUUCACAACAAUGAGGGAAGUUAUCUGGCUCACACACAGGGAAAGAAACAUCAGACUAAUCUAGCGAGACGAGCAGCAAAAGAGGCAAAAGAUGCACCUGCGCAGCCGGCUCCGGAGAAAGUAAAGGUGGAAGUGAAGAAAUUUGUCAAGAUUGGCCGACCUGGUUAUAAAGUUACGAAACAGAGGGAUUCAGAGAGCGGACAGCAGAGUCUACUUUUCCAGAUUGACUAUCCAGAGGUAGCGGAAGGCAUCGGACCAAGGCAUCGGUUUAUGUCAGCGUACGAGCAGAGAAUCGAACCCCCGGACCGCCGUUGGCAGUACCUGCUGUUUGCGGCCGAGCCCUACGAAACCAUCGCGUUCAAGGUCCCCAGCCGUGAGAUUGAUAAAGCAGAGACUCGCUUUUGGACUCACUGGAAUAGGGAAACAAAACAGUUCUUUCUGCAGUUUCACUUUAAGAUGGAGAAAGCUAUGCCAGCUGCACCGGGUCAAGCGGUGUCCGUCGGCGUCAAGCGUCCACCGUCGCUCAUCACUGGACUCGGGCCACGCUCAUCUGGUGACUCCAUGCCUCCUCCACCCCCUGGUGGCAUGCAUGGAAUGCCCCCAUUGCCCCCUGGUGCUCCUGUACCACCCCAUAUGCCCCCACCAGGUGCUCUGCCUCCCCACCUGAGGCCCCCCCUCCCCACAGAUGGCCAAACUGGAAUGCCUCCACCACAAUAACUGAACAUUCAGGAUAUUUUCUCUAAAAAAUGUAUUUCAUUUGGUCUCUCUAGACACCGUGGACACUUGUGUAAAGCAACGUGUGAUUCCUCUUGAGAAUAUGUUGCGAUUUGAUAACAUUUUAAGUGUUUAACUGUUAAAAGAAUUGCUUUGGUUUGUGUCCAUAUGCACCAGCAUGAGGUUUGAGAUCUGGAUUUCUAGGUCUGAGUCUCAAUGCGAAUCAGCCCAACCACACAAUGUCCCUAGUGAUUUUUUUUUAUGUUUUUAGUAUUAAAAGGAAAAUAAUUCUUUAA